AUGGAUCGUGGCUUUUUUAAUAUUGCAGUCUUUCUCGACUUGCAAAAGGCAUUCGACACUAUUAACCACGUUGUGUUAUUGAAAAAACUUGAUUUUUAUGGUUUAGAAACACCAGCUUUAAACCUCCUAAAAUCGUAUCUAGAAAACAGAACUCAAAUGUGCUCUGUUAAUGGCACACUUUCUCGUAAAAAAUUAAUUACAUGUGGAGUCCCUCAAGGCUCAAUUCUUGGGCCGCUCCUGUUUUUGGUUUAUAUUAAUGAUUUGCCAAACAGUUUGGAGUAUUCGUCAACAAGAAUGUUUGCCGAUGAUACGACAUUAACUGCAUCUGGUAAAUCAGUUGCUGAUGUAGAAAUGGCCAUUAAUUAUGAUCUUGCUAACGUAAAGCGGUGGCUAUCUGCAAACAAACUAUCCCUAAAUCUUGUUAAAACUGAAUACCUACUAAUUGGAUCUCGGCAUAACGUCAACAAUCUAGCCCUUGUUCCAAAUGUGUUCGUUGGCGAUGUACAAAUUAAAAGAGUGAGAGAAACAAAAGCACUUGGAGUAUGUAUUGAUGAAUUUUUGUCAUGGAAUAAGCAUAUUGACAAAAUUACUAAGAAGGUUUCAUCCGGAAUUGGAGCGAUCAGAAGACUCAAACCCUGUGUGGACCAUAAUACAUUAAUAUGUGCUUAUAACGCACUUAUAUUGCCCCACUUCGACUACUGCUGCGAAGUUUGGGGUACUAUUGGUAUCACACUCUCUGAUCGCCUCCAAAAAUUACAAAAUAGGGCUGCUAGAGUAAUUACGGGUCGUAAAAACGAACACGGCCAAUCUGAACUUGCUUUAAAUGAACUAAACUGGAAAACAUUGAAAGAACGCAGAACUCAAUUUGUAGCAAGUCUCAUGUACAAAAUAACCCACGAUCUAGCGCCCAAACAACUAAUUGAUAUGUUUCAAAAGACGCCUUCGUCUCAACAUUAUAACUUACGAGGUUAUGCCACAAAUCUCUAUCUGCCCAAACCUAAGACCGAAUAUCUUAAAAAAGGUCUUAGUUAUAGAAGAGCAAAAUUGUGGAAUGGCCUCCCAGAUAGACUAAGAAAUAAAUGUUCUCUUAGUCAAUUUAACUUGGGUGUGCGGCACCUGGCCAGUUAGAUAAUGAGUUUAUGAAAUUUUAUUUAUUUGACCAUAGUAGAGUAAUUAUAAUUGUAUAAUUGUAUUGUAAUGUGUUAGUCUUGUAUCUAUAUUUAUCCUAAUUGAGUGUAACGUUUGUAUUUUUAAACCUACGCCCCUCUUGGAAAUCAGCUCUUGCUGUAGGGGUUAGCGUAGACAAAUAAAGUUUUUACUUACUUACUUACUACUUACUACUUACAUACUCAGCUUCUCUUUUAGGUAUUUUACCUUUGGCGACAAAAUUAUAUUUGUAUAUUUAUAUAUGUCAAUAGAAUCAACUGUCCAAGCGAAUUGCGCUGUUUAUAUAAGCGCCUAAAUUCAGGUGAUAUACUACGUAUAACAUUUCAUGUUUAUACUGUAAUAUUCAGCAUAGCUCUAAUUCUGUUAAAUUAUCGACAGUGUGUGUCAGGUUUUGUCUUCAUUUAAGAUAAAACUAAACGUGAUUAAAUGUUAUUUCUGCCUUUAGUCAACAUUUAAACUGCGCAUUAAAGGUAAUUAAAGUAUGUGCGGUUUAAUGUUGGUUUUAACUCGCUAUAAUAUCCUCACUAAAUGCAAUUAAGUGUACCAGUUUCCAAAAGAGGUGUUUUAUUCAGAGUAAAUGCGAUUAAAUGUAACUUUUUAUUUAACCACCUUUAGUCAGCUUAUUAGUAUAGGUAAUAGCAUGGUUUCGAGUGCAAUUUGGAUAUAACAUGAACGAGUGAGUUUUUCAAAGACCUCAAAAUAGCACGAGUCCGAAGGACGAGUGCUAUUUGAGGUCUUUGAAAAACUCACGAGUGCAUGUUUAUCCAAAUUUCACGAGAAACCAUGCUAUUACUUAUUAAUAAUUUACAUAAAAAUGUUCGAGACAAUUGUAGUUUUAACUUACGCGUUUAUAGCGAACAUUCCACUGGCAAACUUUUCCUGGCUUUGUUAUAUCACAUUAUACUACGCUAACAGCUUGAAAAUUCCACUCAACUAUGUAAUUUUUGUUAGUCUUGUUUGAGAUAAAUGCUUUUCCAUUUAAAAAUAAAGAUAAAAGCCAUAUUUUCCACGCGAAAGCAACUUUUACUUUGUGUAGCGCGGCGCCAUGUUUGUUUUGUUUUGAAGCAAUCUGUGACCGUUACUUCUUUAAACUAAAUUUCUUUAAACUGAUUGGUUGAUUUAAUCAUCACAAUGUUUUUCCACCAAUCAGAUCAGUUUGUUACAGAUUUUUGCACUGUGAUUACAGAAAAUUGCACUGUGAUUUCAAAAAAUUGCACUGUGAUUACAGAAAAUUGCACGGUGAUUACAGAAAAUUGCACUGCUGUUUUGGAUUAACUGCACUGAAAUCAACCAAUCACAGUCGAGUAAUAUCUUUAUGUAUAUUAUUAAAGGUGUAAACACACAUUUAAUAUCUUUAGUAUCUUUGCUAAAGCUGAUUAAUGACACGCUUUUCGUCCUGUGAUAUAGCCAUAGCCAUAGCCAUAGCCAUAGCCAUACCAAUACCUAUACCUAUACCUAUACCAAUACCAAUACCAAUAACAAUAACAAUAACAAUAAUAAUAACAAUAACAAUAACAAUAACAAUAACAAUAACAAUAACAAUAACAAUGGCAAUGACAAUGACAAUGACAAUGACAAUAACAAUAACAAUAACAAUAACAAUAACAAUGACAAUAACAAUGACAAUGACAAUGACAAUGACAAUGACAAUGACAAUGACAAUGACAAUGACAAUGACAAUGACAAUGACAAUGACAAUGACAAUGACAAUGACAAUGACAAUGACAAUGACAAUGACAAUGACAAUGACAAUGACAAUGACAAUGACAAUGACAAUGACAAUGACAAUGACAAUGACAAUGACAAUGACAAUGACAAUGACAAUGACAAUGACAAUGACAAUGACAAUGACAAUGACAAUGACAAUGACAAUGACAAUGACAAUGACAAUGACAAUGACAAUGACAAUGACAAUGACAAUGACAAUAACAAUAACAAUAACAAUAACAAAGGUAGAUGA